CGCGGCGUCGCCGUCGCCCGCGGGUCCCGUGACCGUGCGCCCCGCCCGGAGCCGGCGCGGUCAUGCAGUCCCCGGCAGUGCUCGUCACCUCCAGGCGAGUUCAGAAUGUGCACACGGGUCUCGACCUGACGGUGCCGCAGCACCAGGAGGUGCGGGGCAAAAUGCUGUCCGGCCACGUGGAGUACCAGAUCCUGGUGGUCACCCGGCUGGCCGCGUUCAAGUCGGCCAAGCACAGGCCCGAGGAUGUCGUCCAGUUCUUGGUCUCCAAAAAGUAUAGUGAGAUCGAGGAGUUCUACCAGAAACUGAGCAACCGUUACCCCACGGCCAGCCUUCCCCCACUCCCCAGGAAGGUCCUGUUCGUUGGGGAGUCCGACAUCCGGGAAAGAAGAGCCGUGUUCAAUGAGAUUCUGCGCUGUGUCUCGAAGGAUGCCGACUUGGCUGGAAGCCCAGAGCUGCUGGAGUUCUUAGGCACCAGAUCCCCAGGGGCUACAGACCUUACCAGCAGAGAUGUCUCUGUCCUGGAUACACACAACCAGGCCCAGGAAGACGGGGAGGCUUUCGACUUCUUUGAGCAGCAGGACAGAGCAGAGCCUGAGGCUCUGCCCAUCCAAGGCUGGAAGGGCGAGGAUGCAGGAAAAUCCUCCGAGGAAGAAGAGGAGGCACUGGAUCCCCUGGGCAUCAUGCGCUCUAAGAAGUCCAAGAAACGCCCUGAAGUGGCUGUGAAGCCCAAACCCUCACCCCGACUCACCAUUUUUGAUGAGGAGGUGGACCCUGAUGAGGGGCUCUUCAGCCCAAGCUCGAAGCUCUCCCCCCAGCGCCCGGCAGAGGACGUGCCCCUCCAGGACCCCCUGAAGUUGUUCGAAGACCCUGACCUUGGCGGUGCUGUCCCUCUGGGUGACCCCUUGCUGCUGUCUGCUGCCCGUGAGAGUGGAGGGACCGUGUCCCACGUGGAGCUGUUCAGAGUUGAAGAGGACUUGGACCAGAUUCUGAACCUGGGAGCUGAACCCACAGCCAAGCCCCAGCCUAAGCCCAAGCCGCCAGUGGCAGCUAAGCCAGCGCUUCCCCGAAAGCCAGCCGUGCCCCCCUCAGUGGGCCCGCCGGAGGCCGUGGCGGAGCCGCGGAAGCAGCAGCAGCAGAUUCAAGCCAUGGACGAAAUGGACAUCCUCCAGUACAUCCGGGACCACGAUGCGCCCAGCCAGGCCGCCCCCAGCCUCUUCUGACCCUCACACCCCUGGACUGGCCCUGGGCUGGCAGAGCCUCUCCCCAAAGAGAUGUGCACCGAGGGGGGCCCCGUGCGCCACGGGGCCAGGACCUCUGCUCCCAGGGGAGUGGGUAGACGCCCAGGUCAUAGGACCCUGUACCAGCUUGGUAUUUUGUUUUGUUUUGUUUGCCUGUGGGGUCAGAGAACCCUGCAGGGCAUAGAAAGAGGAGUCCCCACAGGAACUGGGAUCAGAUUGUCUC